AUGGCGAUGGCCGCUCAGCCGGCGAGCCCCACCUCGCCGCACGUCGCGCACAAGAUCCCGGCCGGCGACGGGCCUUACGCUAGGGCCAAGCACUUCCAGCUGGUGGAGAAGGACCUGGACGCGUCGAUCGCGUGGUUCUGGAAGGCGAUCAGCACGGGCGACAAGGUGGACAGCGCGCUCAAGGACAUGGCGGUGGUGAUGAAGCAGCGCGGGUACCUGACGGAGGCCAUCGACGCCAUCAGGUCGCUGCGGCACCUGUGCCCCAAGCAGUCCCAGGAGUCGCUGGACAACAUCCUCCUCGACCUCUACAAGGCCAGCGGGCGGACCAAGGAGGAGAUCGAGCUGCUCAAGCAGAAGCUCCGCAAGAUCUACCUCGGCGAGGCGUUCCAUGGCAAGACCACCAAGCGCGCCCGCUCGCACGGCCGCAAGAUCCACGUCUCCGUCAAGCAAGAGACCUCGCGCGUCCUGGGCAACCUCGCGUGGGCGUAUAUGCAGCAGCGCAACUUCAUGGCGGCGGAGGUGGUGUACCGGAAGGCGCAGAUGAUCGACCCGGACGCCAACAAGGCGUGCAAUCUCGCGCUCUGCCUCAUCGAGCAGACCCGGUUCGCCGACGCCGAGCUCGUCCUCGCCGACGUGCUCGCCGGGAGGAAUCAGGCGCGCGACCAGCAGGACGGGAAGAUCGUCCGGAAAGUGGAGGAGCUGCUGGCCCGGAUCAUGGCGCAGACGUGGCCGGGCGGCGGCGCCAACAACGGACGCCGCCGGGACGACAGCGGGAGCGAGCGCGACGACGAUGACUGGGUCGAGAACCAGAUGUUGGCUCUCCUGGACGUGGCGGUGCCGUACCGGAAGAAGAGCAGCAGCAGGAGGCUGCCCGUCUUCGAGGAGAUCUCGCCUGUCGUCUACAAGGAGCAGAUGGCUUGCUAG